ACGAAAUAGGGCUCUGAAGUCAAAUAAUGAGGACCUGCACAGAAUAAAUAUCACAUUUCCACAUACAAGCACAGUCGAUGAUCACAGAGAUGAUUGAAGGUUUUGUAUACAAGGAAGCCUUAUCAAUUUACGAGAAAUUUAUUUGUGCCGCCACAUGUUUCUACCUUGUCGGUUUAGCUUUUCUAGAAGUUUCCGGUAAGCAUCUCCAGUACUCCAAAUUCUCGAAUUCCGGCAUUCCCAGUAAAAUCGGGAUGCUUAUUAUCUACACUCCUGCUUUAUUCGCCGGCGUCGCCUCAUUCUGGAUCUUCCCCGGUGGUGGGAUCAGGUUUCUCAUGUUGAAAUCUGCUGUCACCAUCCAUUUCCUCAAGAGAGACCUCGAGGUAUUGUUCCUUCACAAAUUCAGCGGCUUUUUUGGCGUGGAAAGUGCAGUCAUCAUUGCAGCCACUUACUUCACAGCUGCUGCUGGCUUUGUCUACUUUCACCACCAAACUGAAGGGCUUCCGGAGCCCUCAGUCGACCUCAAGUAUUUUGGCAUCCUGCUCUCUCUCAUCGGGCUUUCUGGCAACUUUUAUCACCACUACCUCCUUUCCAAACUCAGGAAGAACAACAAUAAAGGGUAUGAUAUCCCUCGAGGAGGUCUGUUCAAUCUCGUCAUAUGCCCCCAUUACCUCUUCGAAAUCACCACCUUUGUAGGCUUCUCCUUCAUCUCUCAAACGAUCUUUACCUACGUGUGUGCCCUUGGAGUCGCAUUAUACUUGAGUGCAAGAAGCUAUGCCACCAGAAAAUGGUAUGUUUCCAAAUUUGAGAAUUUCCCAAAUAAUGUCAAAGCUCUGAUCCCAUAUGUUUUCUAGAUUUUUAAUGAUGUAUGCUUGUCUGUGCUGAAAUUCCUUCAACUGUCUGUAAUCUUGUGAUUUUGUUUUUGUAACAUCUGGUGUUUUGUUUCUUCA